UUUUAGUCCAACAUGGCGUCCAGCUGCUCGGCUAAAUCGUCAAACAUGUUCCCGAUGUCGUCCAGGAUGUUUCCGGCAGAUUUGACUACAUUUGUUCGAGUCCUGCAGAAAAGAAAGACAGACCAAAAGUUGUUGCAAUAUGUCGGUCUUCUCUCAAAGUUUCUCCCCUUGUGGGCGAUUCCUCGCCGCCGGAAACAAUUAUGGAGAGAUCGCCAUCUUCAGUCUGUCUGCAGCGCUGAGUCCUGACGCCACACCGUCCAAUAAGAAACCAAUGCUGACAUUCACCGCCCAUGAAGGUCCAGUCUUCUCCCUGGUCUCCACUGACUGUCACCUAAUCAGUGCAGGUAACGGUGAGGUCUGCCUCUGGAACUGGGCUGAGCUCAUUAAGAAGAACGUCAGUGCUCUAUUGAGGAAAAGACCCGACUACAAGUCGAGUUUGGAGAUUCCAGAAAUCAACUCCAUGGCGGUCCAAAUCAGAGACAACAGCCUGGUCAUCGGUGCAGGAGACAACAACGUCCACAUCAUGGACCUGGAACAUGGAGUUUUUAAGUCUGUCCUGAAGGGACACACAGACUACAUCCACUGUGUCUGUGUGAGGGAACGAGAGUCUGAGAUCCUGUCAGGUGGGGAGGAUGGAGCUGUCAGGAUCUGGGACAGCAGGACGGGUACGGUCCUCAGUUGCAUCUCUGUCUUCAAGUAUCAGGAAUGUGCCAGGCCUCAACUUGGGAAGUGGAUCAGCUGUUUGGCCACAGACUCAGACUGGAUGGUCUGUGGGGGCGGUCCUUCCCUGUCUCUGUGGCAUCUUCGCUCUCAGUCGCCCACAUCAGUCUUCCCUCUCUCAAAUUCUCAACGUAGCGCCACCUUUCAUCAGGACAUGAUCCUUGCAGUUGGCGAAGGCCCUCACGUGUCCCACUGUCUGCUGGGGGGUACGAUACGAGCUCAGAUCCCAUCUGUGCUGCAGAGCAUCAACACACUGCAGCUGAACAGAAACAGUUCGGAACACCAGGUGCUGACAGUUGGGGGCAGCAGUGAGUGUAUAGAUGUCUUCACUAACUUGUCCUACAGAGCUUUUUCACUCCGUUUUUGAUUCUUGCUGCAGUGGCACCUGAUGGGGUUUUCUUUUGUUUUUUUGUAAGUUUUUAAUUUCUUUACUGAUUAAAGUGCCCGAUCAAAGA